GCGGCGGCAUGGGCCGGGGGCUCCGCUGUGUGCACCGCCGGCCUGGGGGCCCGCUGCGGCUCCUGCUGAGGCUCGGGCUCCUUCUAGGCCUGGCGGGCCGUGCGCGCGGAGCGCCGAGUGGCGUCGGUGUAGAUGUCUGUGCUACUUGCCAUGAACAUGCUACAUGCCUGCAAAGAGAAGGGAAGAAGAUCUGCAUUUGCAACUAUGGAUUUGUGGGCAACGGGAGGACGCAGUGUGUUGAUAAGAAUGAGUGCCAGUUUGGAGCCGCGGUGGUCUGUGGGAACCACACAUCCUGCCACAACACACCAGGAGGUUUCUACUGCAUUUGCCUUGAAGGCUAUCGAGCCACAAACAACAACAAGACAUUCAUUCCCAAUGAUGGCACUUUCUGUACAGACAUAGAUGAGUGUGAAGUUUCUGGCCUGUGCAGGCAUGGAGGUCAGUGUGUUAACACUCACGGGAGCUUCAAAUGCUACUGCAUGGAUGGAUAUUUGCCAGAGAACGGGCCUGAGCCUUUCCACCCAACCAAGGAUGCCACAUCAUGCAUAGAAAUAGACUGUGGUAUCCCUCCUGAGGUCCCAGGUGGCUACAUCGUAGGAAAUUACACCUCCAGGCUGGGCAGCCAGGUCCAUUACAGUUGCAAAGAAGGAUUUCUGGGAGUCUCAGAAGAAAGAGUUGCACGCUGCACAGCCCUGGGCACAUGGGAGUCCCCAAAGUUAUAUUGCCGAGAGAUCAGCUGUGGCAGCCCUCCAGACGUUGAGAAUGCCAUCUUGGUGGGGAACCACAACUCCAGUCUGGGUAAUGUGGCUCACUAUGUCUGUAAAGAAGGUUUUGAGAGCCCCCAAGGGAAGAUUAUUUCUGUUUGCACAGAGAGAGGCACCUGGAGUGAAAGCACUUUUACAUGCACAGAAAUAAUGACAGAAAUCAAUGAUGUGUCUGUGUUUAAUAAUACCUGUGUGAGGUGGCAAAUAAGUCCAGAAAGAAUAACCUCCAAGGUGGGAUAUGUGAUACACAUCAAAAGACAACAGCUGGACCCUGUGGAAUCAGUGCAUGAGGAGACAGUCAAUGUGAGCACAGACAGCAGGACCCCAGAGGUGUGCCUCCCCCUGAACCGAGGUGCCAACUACACCGUGAGCAUUUCUGCAGCCCCUCCCAGGCGCUCUGUGCCCACCAUCCUUGGUUUCCAGACAGCUGAAGUCGAUCUCAUAGAAGAUGAUGGAAUUUUCAAUAUUUCAGUAUUUAAUGAAACUUGUUUGAAGUUGAACAGGCAUUCUAGGAAAGUUGGAUCAGAGCAAAUGUACCAAGUGAAAGUUCUGGGUCAAAGGUGGUAUCUGGAUAACUUUUAUCAUACAAUUUCAUUUAACUUCACAACCAGAGAACAAGCUCCAGAAGUAUGUUUAGAUCUGUACCCGGCCACUGAUUAUAAAGUAAAUAUCACCCUUCUACAACCUGCUGAGCAGCGCUCAGUGCAAGUAACAAUAUCAACCACACCAACAGAAAAACAGACUAUUAGUAACACUUCCAUAUUUAAUGAAACCUGCUUGAGAUGGAGAAAUUUGAAGACACCUGGUAUAGAAGAGAUGUAUUUAUUCCACGUUUGGGGCCAGAGAUGGUAUCAGAAGGAAUUUGCCCAGGAAAUGAUCUUUAAUACCAGCAGCAGCAGCCAGGCCCCUGAGGUGUGCCUGGACCUGCAUCCAGGUACCAAGUACAAAAUCAGCCUUCAGGCUUUAUCUUCAGUACUUCCUGUGGUCAUCUCCCUGACAACCCAAAUAACAGAGCCUCCACUUCCAGAAGUAGAAUUUUUCAUAGUGCAUGGAGGGCCUCUACCACGCCUCAGUCUGAGGAAAGCUAAGGAGAAAAAUGGACCUAUCAGUUCGUAUCAGGUGUUGGUGCUUCCCCUGUCUCUGCAAAGCACAUUUUCUUGUGAUUCUGAAGGCGUGACUUCAUUCUUUGGCAACAGCUCUAUUGCUGAUGGAUAUGUGGCCGCAGAAGUACUGGCCAGCGAUGUUGCAGAUGAUGCCAUGGAGCUGCCUGUGGGAGACAGACUAUACUAUGGGAACUAUUACAAUGCACCUUUGAAAACAGGGAAAGAUUAUUGCAUUAUAUUACGGAUCACAAGUGAAUGGAAUAAGGUGAGAAGAUAUUCCUGUGCAGUUUGGGCUCAGGUAAAAGAUAUGUCACUCACACCGCAGCAGAUGGUGGGUGUUGGACUUGGCUCCAUGGCAUUUGUGACCAUUCUUGCAUUCCUCUCCUUCUCAGCAGUGUGAUGGCUGUUGAGUGCUGCGUGGGAAGGAUGCAUUGCUGCUGGGCAGAUGUUCUGACAGUUUCUCUGGUGUUUGCACUGUGUGGCUCCCAUCCUGAGGCCUUGUGUGGACCUGCAACUUUCUCCAUUCCCAGUGUAGCGUCAUUCCUGGAUUCAAGAUGGCAGCUAUCUCUGUGGGGUCUUCCAGAAGGAGAAAACUCAGUAACUGUUGAUGUGUUUUCUGCUUUCAGGACCGGUUCUGUGUCCAUGAACUCGAGACCUUCUCAUGUCCAAUAUAAUACUGACUACAGAUCUCAGCUCCUGAGUCUGUCUGGUCUGGUGAUACCUGACAAUUAGCUCCUGUAGACACUGGGUUGGAGAGACUGUGCAUCUUCCUUUACAGCACCUCUGCUAAUUAAUUUGGGCUCUAGUCUUCCACAGUAGGUAAUGAGAUGGGUUUAAAUUCGGGCUCCAAUUUAUGAAAAAGAUUAUUGAAAAGGAUAGAGAACAUUGGUGUCAGUAAAGUGUUUCAGACAUUUUAGAAAUAGCACUUUUCCUACAAUUAAUUGAUAGACUAGUUAGGAAAUACAGUGGCCCUGACACUCCUACAAAUUCCCUGUAAGGACUGUUAGACAGCAUUGCUUUGAUAAAUUUCCAUUGUUUUACAUGUGUUCAGAAAUAGUGCCUGCAUUCCAGUAAAAAACACUCUAUACUUUAGAGUAUUCUUCCUCUUGGUGAUUUUUUUUUUAAUGUUGAACAUCUGGUAAAAAUACUCUCUGCUUCCCUUUAGAAAUUUGGGUUUGGUGAUAAUGUAGGAACAGUGGGUUGAAACAACAUUAAGUUCAUGGGCGGAAUCCACAUGUGUGGCAAGGGAGGGGGCAUAAAGGUGUUUGACAUGCUUAAUCUAAACCUCAGUAGCACUGACUUUUACCAUGUCAUGGCCCAGUGCUGUGCCAUUGUCAAUACGCUGAGUAUACAGAUAGAGUGUGUUAUAUUUGACUUUCAAAGUCUCA